GCGACAAAAAAAAUAUUUAUUGUAGUUUACCAGGAAAUUAUUUAGAUUUAUUAGUCUUUUUUUUAAUACUCAGAUAUUCUGCCCUAGACAUUGCUACGAUUAUCUUUUCUUCAUUCCUUGGCUUAAGCCUAGCCUUGCUCCAAUACAUAAAUUUUGUUUUUAGUAAAUAUUCAACUCUGGCGCCAACUAAUCAACUACUGAAAGGGAACUACGAAAACAGUUUUUUCGCAAAUGAUUUUAGUGACAUACUUCCAAAAAAUGUUUCAGGGUUUGCAAAAUUUGCACAAUUUAGUAAGAAACUAUUAUUUUUAUUUUUUCGUGGUAAAAAUGUUCUCGAAAGAUUUGCAGUUAUGAUAUGGGUAAAUUUUAUUAGAAUUUCUUACUGAAAUCAAUUUGGUAUUCAAUAUUGUAUGAGACGUGGCUUAGGGUAUUACCGUACACAAUAACCAGCUGUGAGAUUGAAUAGAAGAUCGAAGAAGUUGGUGUGUUAAGUUCACACUUGAUAAUAAUUGUAAAUUCAUUUAUAACUAAUUUAUUUCACUGCAGGAAUGCCGCUACAUCGAAAUGCAACGAACACACUUACGCACAUAUGAACGAUAUAUAAUAAUGUUCAUAAAACUCUCAAUUAACACGGUUUAUGUUAAGCAUAAUCAAAGCUACAGUCUUUUUUCAUUGGUAUAACUACAUAGCUAACUGAACGCAUUGCAAAAAGUAUAAAAAGAUUUUUCAAUUCAUAUUUGGCAUCAUUCACUUCUUGCAUUCGCUGUGAUAAAGAACCAACGUUUCAAAAAUAUGGCAAUUAAGUUUGUAUUCGCACUCGCUUUCGUCGCCGUUGCUAGCGCAGGCUAUGUACCAGUUGCGCCCGUAUAUCACGCCGCACCAGCCGCCGUCGUUCACUCAGCACCUGUGGCCCUAGCUCAAAAGGUCGUUGUUAAAUCGGAGGAAUACGAUCCUCAUCCUCAAUACCAAUUCUCUUAUGGUGUUGAUGACAAACUCACCGGUGAUUCCAAGAGUCAAGUAGAGGCACGUGAUGGUGAUGUGGUUCAUGGUGAAUACUCCCUCAUUGACGCUGAUGGUUACAAACGCACUGUUCAGUACACUUCGGAUGACGUAAAUGGUUUCAAUGCCGUCGUCAGCCGUGAACCUCUCGUAAAAGCUGUUGCCGUGGCUCCAGUUGUUAAAACUGUUGCCCCAGUUGCCCAUUACGCUGCUCCAGUUGCGCACUACUCCGCUCCAGUUGAUCACUACUCCGCUCCAGUUGCUCAUUACUCCGCUCCCUACGCUCACUACUCAGCCCCCGCAGUGGUCAAGACUGUUGCCCCUCUAGCUCAUUAUGCUGCCCCAGUGGCUCACUACGCCGCUCCAGCACUCAUCAAAUACCAUCAUUAAAGCCUAUGAAAUGUUACAAAAUCGAAUUAAAAUGAUUGAAUGCGUUAUCAUUUGUUAUUCAAUAUCGGCACAUACAUAUAUUUAUUGACAUUUAUUUCACCACCAAAAAGCUAUUUAAAUAAAAAAACACU